AUUAGUUUUGGGGAUUAUUUUCUUAUUUUCCUACAAUUUUUUUGUUCACGCGUAAUUGAAAAUGAAUUUGAUAGGGUAGAAAUAUCCACGAUAAUUUUAUAUUUAAUAUGAAUAAUACAAAAAAAAUGACCGAUGACUCAAAUAAGGUUAGAAAUAUUAAUUCUGUUAAUGUAGUUGAAACGAAAAGAAACAUUUUCUAUCAACACAAUGUUAUUAGAAACAAACUCAAACAUUCAAAAAUUAAUUGUGGGAAUGAAACAAAAUCACCAGGACUACUUCGAAAUGGAAAAUUUAUUGAACCCAAUUCUAAGGGGUUAAUGAUAUGUGUAUAUUGUGGGAAUUUAUACAUUAAACAAGUAGAAUUUCUAUAUCACGUUUCAAAAAAUCAUUGCAUAAAAAGAAAUAAGAUUAAACUUCACCAUAAAAGUGAAAAUGAUACUUGUAUAAUGGAAAACAUUGAUGUGAAAGAUGAAAUUGAAAUAGUUGAACAUGAAUUGAAAGUAGAGUUGCAAGAAACCACGAAUCAGUUCGAUUCAACUGAUAAUUUAAGCUUAAAUGUACACGAGGAAGGAAGUAGUUCAAAUAUGUGUUCUGAAACUGAUUUGGAAUUAAAAAGACAAUCAUUCAAAUGUGUUAUUUGUAUGAAAUAUUUUCUGUAUAAAAUUAGUUUGAACAAGCAUUUGGUUAUGCCAUUCAAAUGCGACGGUUGUUCAAAAACUUUAUCGCAAAAUGGUGGUUUAACUACACGUAUUCACACUGGAGAGAAGCCGUUUAAAUGCGAGAUUUGUUUGAAAUCGUUUUCUUACAAAUGUAAUUUUAAUGUGCAUAUGCGUAGUCACACAGACGAACAGCCUUUCAAAUGCGACCUUUGUUUGAAAACAUUUUCCCAUAAAAGUAAAUUGAAUACGCAUGCGCGUAGUCACACAGGGGAAAAGCCUUUCAAAUGUGAUAUUUGUUUGGCAACUUUUUCCCAAAAAGGUAAUUUAAAUAUGCAUAUAUUCACACAUACAGGAGAAAAGCCAUUCGAAUGUGUUAUUUGUAUGAAAUCAUUUCCUUAUAAAAUUAGUUUGAAGGAUCAUAUGCGUAGUCAUACAGGAGAAAAGCCGUUCAAAUGUGACUUUUGCUUGCAAACUUUUCCUCUGAAAAUAACUUUGAUCAGACAUGUUCGUACCCAUACAGGUGAAAAACCUUAUAAAUGUGACGUUUGUUCAAAAUGUUUCGCGCAAAAAAGUGAUUUAAAUAAACAUGUUCUAAUUCACACAGGAAAAAAACCAUACAAAUGUGAAAUUUGUGAGAAAACUUUUUCUCAAAAAAGCAAUUUGAAUAUACACACGCAAAUUCAUAAGGAUGAAAAGCGAUAUAAAUGUGAAAAAUGUUUAAAAACUUUUCUGGUGAAAUCAACUUUUGAUACACAUUUGCGCAUUCAUACAGGAGAUAUGCCAUUCAAAUGUCAAAUCUGUUUAAAACGUUUUUCACGUAAAGAAAGUUUGAAUCUACAUACAUUCAGUCACACAGGGGACAAACCAUUCAAAUGUGAUGUUUGUUUGAAAACUUUCACACAGAAAAGAUCAUUAACAAAACAUUCAUAUAUACACACAGGUGAUAAGCCGUUCAAAUGCGACAUUUGUUUAAAAACUUAUUCGUGGAAAAGAAGUUUAAAUAGACAUAUGCGAAAUCAUACAGAUGAAAAAUGUGACACUUUUUCGCAAUAAAACAAUUCGAAUGCACAUUCAUAAUGAGUUAUUAGGUUAGGUUGAACCUCAAAUAUAAACACGAUAUUUGACCUAUACUGUACAGAAAUAUGAUAGGGGAUGGUAUUUUUGUACAGUAUUUGAAAUCGAAAUGACUUUAUACAGUAUUUGUUAUUAUUAAAAACUAUACACAGAACAAUAUCGGAAACUACAUAUCACACGGCCUUAAGAUUUCUUGGUUAACAACACUCACAUAAAUUACAAAUUAUAAUAAAACAAUAUUUUCAUUAAAAAUAUGUAUAAAAACUACAAUGUUAAUACGAAACAUUGGUUAUUUAAAUCAUUUUUUAUUCAGGUAUGAAAAAUGUAAUUCGUAAUACUUUGUAACGUUUUAUUUUGCAAAAUAUACUCAUUUCAAAGUAA